AUGGCAGACCCAAGGACUCUCGUCCAAAAUGGCUUCGCGCCGCAGUAUGAGCAGCAGCAGCAGCAGCAACAGUUCAUCGACCCAAGUGCGUUGCAACAAUCGCAACAGGUCGAAAGCCAUGGCCGAGGACAGGCACAAAGUAUACCGAGGCCGUAUACUUUGGACGAAGCGCUCCCAUUCACACCCUUUACCACGGUGUUUCCCUUCGAAACUGAUAUCAUCAACAAUCCCACCAUUGGGUCAGGUCAGAUCGCGCCCUCUAUCCUUGGUCUUGUCGAACACGAGGAUUACGAUGCCCUGAACAAGGAGGCAGAGAAUUCUAGCAGCUCGAAACGGCUCGAGGGAAGCUUAGAAUUUGUGCAAAAUUUAUUGAAGCCCGAGAAGAUCACAUUGUUUCAAUUCAAAACAGCGCCCGUCUCAAACUCUUCAAACAACACAUCGAAAUCGAGUCUUGCUCGUGGCCUGUCUCCCCUCGCUCGCAUGAUCUACGAAACCACCAACAUCGGGUUUAAAGACCCUUCAACUGAUACGAUCAAGUCACAGAUGCCCAGCGCAAACGGCACCAGCAUGUCGCCAAAGCCGGUAAAGAAGUCGCCUAAGGCUCGCAAGCCGGAGCCACACAAGGUGGUCAAGCACAACCCGUCAUCAUUUAAUGCCCAGAGCGUGACCAAGAAUAGGGCCUCUAUUGAGAUCCACCUUCCAUCGCGCCGAGACCAUGAAGCUGCAGCCUCCAUGUACAGCUCACCCAAACCAGAACCCCGUGAUCAAAUCGCUCUAGCACCUACUCCUAGAGUCUCACAAACCAUAUCUCCAGCAGAUCUUGUGCUGGCUCCACCGACUGCACCAGUAUCAGUCAGACCAGCCGAGACAGAGCAGAAAGAUAUCAAGCCCGACCUCGACACUCUUGAUAAAAAAUCUCUUCCACCGGCUUCUAGAAGUCCAUCCGAAGCUGUACCUCAGAUUCCAACAGAAAAGAAGCCCGCAAUUGAAGCAUUAGAGUCGCCCAGCAGUCAGGCUCAAAAUAUUAGCGGCAUCACCAUCGAACUGCCAGCUGCAGGUUUCAACAAGGCCGACUACAUGGUUGUGGAUGACUCGCCUGCUGCGCCUGCAGAUCUCUCCAAGAAACGCAAACGCACUGAGCUGGACAACGCUGAUUAUCUCAUUGAUGGCGGUCUCAAUAACCGGGAGCGCGCAAACACUCAUCUACGGGAGCUGGAGAGAAGUCUCCAAGAGAUUCGUCAUGCUGAGAAUGUGGCUGUCAACUCAAGGACAUCCAACACCUGGAUCACGCUGACUUCGGACGAAGACGCUACCAUGACCGUUUCAGCGUACAACAAGGUCAUGAAAUUGAUUUCAAGAACUCUUGAGUUGCAAUGCUUCAACAUGGUCCCAUUCGAAGAUUUGCAUAACAUUCAAAAUCUUUGUACUCCCUCGUUGAAGCGUGCCGAGGUCCUAGAGGUCAAGGUCGAUCAGUCAUGGGCAGAAGUGGAUGUGAAUAUGUGGCUGCAAUUGCUGCCCGACAUUGAGGCAGGCCUGAAAGCAGCACGCCUGGCCCUUACGAUCAUGACUGGAGGGAGAUCCGAAAAACAGCUGUACUCUGAAGGCCUGAUAAAGCGAGGGCUUAGUCUCUUUAGAUCGGUCUUGGAAGGUAUCAUUGUACCCAUUGCAGAAAUGCGCAGCUCGGGCCAGGACGGCUUGUUCAAACUUCUGUCUGCGCAGAGAAAAGCCAUCAACGUCGUUUUCAUGGCUUGCCAAAAGCUCUUUGCUUUGAUGACCAAUCUAAUCUCCAGCAUCGACCUGUCCGAGGACGUUGUCAAUGGCUUAGAGGUCGCAUCUUCCCAAAUCAUAUUUGUUGACAAUGCGCUCUCGGAGCGAGACUCCGUUGUUGGUGUCCAGAAGUUCGAUGGGCUUCGUCUGGUCGCCAUGGAUAUGCUAUCUCAAAUCUUCCUGGUCAACCCGUCACAACGACGAGGCAUUUUGACAGAUAUCUUGACCUCUCUAGAAAAGCUUCCAAAGGCAAAGCAAAGCUCCCGACAGUUCAAGCUCGCCGACGGCGGCAGCAUCCAGCCGGUCUCUGCAUUGAUCAUGCGUUUGGUGCAGGCUAGUGCCGGCAAGGUCGAGGUUCGUGGAUCGGCCAGUGGUCAAAUCAUUCAAUCUUUGGAAGAUCAAACUGGUGAAGAGAAGCAUCUACCAGAUGGUCGAGGAAAGCCUGGGCCUUCAUACACUAUUAAAACCGAGGAUCAUGCUGCCAUUCAACAUUCUGAAGCAGUACAGGAACUCGGUGGCCUCGUGAAUCCGCUCUUCGACACAGCUCGGUUCAACAGUUCUUUUGUGAUCAACUUUCUCGUCAAACGUGCAGAGAAGUCCACCAAGACUGGUGAUACACCAUACCGAAAUCUACUGGACAACUUCAUUGAAGAUUUCAACCUCUGCCUCGACUCGCCUGACUGGCCUGCUGCCGAGCUGCUUCUUCGUACCUCAAUGUCCAUGAUGCUCGAGCUCAUGAAGGGCGAAAAGACGUCGGCCCCGGCGAAGAACAUGGCCCUAGAGCUGCUUGGAAAUAUGGCUGCAGCCAUUUCCAAAUUACGGUCGCAUGUGCGGAAGGUCGCCAGUGCCUUUGAGGGCAGUGAUGCCGAUGAGCUUGGCCGUUGGCUUGCUGACCUAGCUUCAAUGGUAUUGGAUCGCAAGUUCUAUCCUGAAAAGUUGACCAGUUGGCUCGGUCCUUACCGAGUUGUCCUAGAAUACCUCGAGGACCGCGUCAAGGAGGACCCACAUCUAAGAAGUGCCAUUUCUUACCUAGUAACAGAUUGGGCCGUAGGUCUGUCCAAUGCUUACAACGAGGAGCAGCAUGAAUACCCCGAUGAUCGGGACGCUGAGUAUGGCCGAUCAGCAUAUCGACUACGCAACAUGGUCAACGACCGUAUGUGGCUAUCUAACGAGUACAGCUUCAGAUCGGUCGUUAGCAACCAUGCCAGACUCUCUCACUCACUCAUUCUACUGCGCUCGCCAUUUUGCGACUCCUUCAAGGGAAUCCUAAAUAUUCUUCUGCAUUCAAUGACCACGGAUGCCGCAACGGUGCGAAGCAGAAGCUUGAAAAGUAUCAAUUCUGUGCUAGAGACUGAUCCUUCAAUUCUCGAUGGUGAUAGCACCGUCAUCGAUAUGAUCCUGCAAUGCUCACAUGAUCCUUCACCACAAGUGCGUGACUCUGCUCUCAGUCUUGUUGGAAAAUGCAUCAGCAUGCGGCCUUCUCUUGAAGAGAGAAUGACCCCAACAGUCAUUGAACGAUUCAUGGAUUCCGGCGUUGGUGUCCGAAAGAGGGCCAUGAAGCUCGCCAGAGAUAUUUAUCUCGGUAAUCAGAGCAAACAAGUUCGAAGCGAUAUCUCGAAUGGUCUCCUAGUUCGUUGUCAAGAUCCAGAUGAAGGCGUUCGUGAGCUCGCGCGACAGAUGGUGGAAGAAAUUUGGAUUUCUCCAUUCUACAAGGCCGACGACUCAACGGCCUACAAGCAAGCUCUGACGGACCACAUUGCCCUGAUCGUUCAGACGGUUGCCCAGAACAAUUCGGCCACAACCCUUGAAAAGGUCUUUGAGACCAUUCUGUCACCACAAUACAGACUUGCAGACGCGAACAAUAAGGUAUGCGUCAGGCUUGUAGCAAAUCUGUUCGACUUGAUCCACAACCCGGACUCGGAUGAUCCAUCAACACCUUCCGGUAAAGAUGCUUUACAGGUCUUGAUGAUUUUUGCCAAAGCAGAUCCGAAACUGUUCACAUUCGAACAAAUUCGAAUGUUGCAACCUCGCAUCUCGAAUGUCGGGACAAGUGAUGAUCUGGCCAGUUCGAGAGCUGUGGUGGUCAUCUACCGCCGUGUUUUGCCUCAGGUCACCACAGUUCACUCGCAGUUUCUUGCGGACAUUCGGAAGGACUUGAUGCCAGUCGUCUCCAAAGUCAGAAGAGCCCUACUGGAUGAUGUCAUUGCUUGUUUGUGGAUCAUCAGUGGUCUUUUGGGAACUUCUGAACAUUUGGCCCGUCUUGCUUGUUCCAGCUUGGUGGGAAUCCAGAAAAUCCGAAUGAUAUCGAUCAAGGGAUCUCUAGAUGAGCAAAAGAUUCGACAAUUUGAUCGAUACUCUCUCAUCGUCGGCAUGGUAGGAAAGCAUUGUAAUCUCGAUGGCCACGAGCAGAUAUUCAAGUCACAAUUCCAGAAGUGGUCUGGUGGGCCGGUCUCCAAACUCAUGGUCGAUACUCUAUCGCCCUUGGCCAGCCCCUCACAGCCGGCAGAAGUUCGUAAGUCAGCCCUUGAUGCGAUGGGUCUAGUUUGUCAAUCCAACCCGCGGAAUUUUGUUGCUGUCAACGUCUACACCGUAUUCCAGCAAGCCUUUGAUGAGCAAGAUGCAAUUUUGGAGACGAUGAUACUCCGCUCCAUCAAAGAGUUCUUGUUCACCGAAGAACGACGUUCCGAGCAGGCCUCUGCUGCUGCUAAGGAAGGCAAGGAGGCUUCGAAGAAGGACUUGAAGGUCAUGGGAUCUACCAGCUUCGAUGACGUUGCCAGUGCUACUACAGUUCGAUUUCUCAAGGAUAUUACUCGUAUCACACUGGCCUCAAAAGAUGAGCACGCUUUCUUGGCAUUGGAGGUCCUGGCUAGUAUCAAUCGGCAAGGCUUGGUCCAUCCCAAGGAGACCGGUACUACCUUUAUCACACUCGAGACAUGUCCUACCCACCAGAUCUCUGAAUUGGCGUAUCACGAACACCGUUCCCUGCACGAGAAACACGAAACGGUUGUGGAACGAGAGUAUGCCAAAGCCGUUCAAUCUGCUUUCCACUAUCAACGCGAUGUGAUCAAAGACUCUCGUGGCGCGACGACUGAUCCCUUCACUUCGAAGCUCCAUCUUCUUCUCGAUGUGCUCAAGAUCAGCAAAGGCAAGAAUCGAAAGCGAUUCUUUGAUAAACUGGUCAGUCAAAUUGAGUUUGAGCCAUCAACCAUGGAAAUUGGCCAGGGCAUGCCAGAGCAUGUGGAAUUCUCUCGCUUCCUCAUCGACAACAUUGCCUUCUUCGAGUUUGUAGCAACAGAUGAACUGCAAGCCUUGGUGACGAGCAUGGAGAAGAUGGUAACGAACAUUGGUACGGGUCUCGCGCAAGCCAUUGAAUCGGACAUCUUCCAAGUACGCGUCGAUGCCAUCGUGGGAGUGCAACCUACAAUGGACGGCGAAACUGCGUCAACUCUGCCAGUGGAACCUCCGGUCGACAUGGAUCGCCUGCGUCAGCUUACAGCUAGCGCGAUGAUACUUCUCGCACUUUGGGAAGCGCGUACUCAUCUUCGUCGGCUGUACAGCUUGAAGUCAGCCCGUGAGACUAAGGUCAAGGCUGGGACAAAAGAUCCCAACAAGACGCCUGUCAAGGCGCAAGGUGUGACUGGUGACAAAUUCUGGGAGAACAUGGAAUAUAUCAUGUCAGGCCUAGAAUCUGAGGCGCGCAUGAAGGAGACAUGCCGUUCUUUCGUGGAGCUUCUCAAUGUUGACCACGAAGUCAAGGUAGCAGAUGAGGACGAUGAACUGGAUGGGGAUGGUGAUCCACGGACACCAGAACCCGAUGAUGAUGAAGAAGGAGACUCGUUCAACGGCGAGACACGAGGCCGCAAGAGAAAAGCUAGUGGCACACCCGGAGGCAAGAAGAAGCGACCCCGUUCGAGCUCGAAGCCAAGGGGUCGUGGUCGCCCUAGAAAGAACCCGCUCCCGGGGGCCGAAGUCGACGCCGAAGGUGACGCUGAUUUUGACGACUUUUAA